AAUGAAGAAGCAAAGCUUCGGUACCAUUUUUUUCCCUUCUUUGUGUUGAAGAUGGUUGUACUUCGUGUGUUUCAAGGCUUGAUGGUGGUAAAGCUCUUGGGAUCUUUUUCUUGGUUAGAAAAAAUCCAUGCUUUUUCCAACUUUUGCCCCAUCCAAAAGACAUCAAAUUAUCGGAACCUGAUCGAACUGAAAUCACAAGAUCAUUCGAAGGAGGAGACAGACACGACAUCGUCACCACAACAAUCGACAAAGCCAUCUGCAUCGUUACCUUUGGCACGCUCCGAUCGACAACAACGCCUCAACCGAAACGAUCAAAUUGAGAGGAUACAAGGCGUUUGGUGGACAUCAGAGAACAGAGAGCAACUCGUGGAAAUCAAAUCUUCCUAUGCAAUAUUCGAUGCGCCGCAACAAUCUUAUGUGUCCACCACCUCGACCAUGCCACCGGCAGUCGCGUACCCACUAGGGGGGACGGACGACAUUGUUACACUUCGGACCUUCAAAUUGGUAGCACCAACCAAGGUGAUCUCCGAGGAGAACGCGACCGUCGAUGCGGUUCCCGAAUGGAUCCCUUCCCCAACCAGCAAGGUGGCGGUACAGCGCGGCGGUGGAUCGGCGAUCGGAACAACCGGCCAGAAGGUCUCGCCGUCUAGUUCUUCAGCAUUCCGUUGGGAAUUGUGCACCGAUCCCGAAGGCAAAUGGAAAUCGGAUCGGGUGGUCCAGGGGUUCGAGGAAAACUUGACCACCUUGCUGGCAUCAGAGGGACCGCACUGGAGCGCGAGCCCCGUAGAUGUAGUCCGCGCAUGUAUCGAAGGGAUAAGAUCUAACAACCUAGAAUUGGUACAUUCUCUGUGCCUAUUUCAAUCGGAAAUGGAGGAGACCAGCGAAAUAUGUAGUGGCAAAAAAGCAAAAGAUAACGAGGUUCUCGAAAUCCUUGCCGACCACUUUGCAGAUGCAGAAAGACCUUUGUCUUGGUCAAUUGUGAAGAGUCAUUACUUUUCUCCAGAUGUAUGCACGCUCAGUGUCCAGAUAGCAUCAGCUGGGACUUUUGACUUUUGUAUUUCUCGGGCAGACAAAGCACGCAGGGGCGAGGGACAGGGCACGUGUUCGCCAUCCAAAAGGCGUGACAAACUGUCGCCAUCGCUUCUCUUCGAUUCGAUUACGGAUGUAGAACUACUAGUCAACGGCAAGACAUGGGAAAUCGAUCACAUUGUUCGCUCAUCCUUUACUACUAAAUGAUGUGAAUGUGCUAUUGUUUUUACGUCAUAACUGAUUCAUAUUUUAUGGAAGACAUUAAUAUCAUACUUAACUU